AUGCCACUUUAUAAAAAGGUUGCGUCAUCAAUUCAUGACUCCUUGAGUUUAUUAAGUGGUUCCACAAAUGUUAGUGAAGAUGAAGCAGAUUCUGAUCAUGAACAAUUACACAGUUAUGAAGACCUGAUUAAAGAUAACGAGUCCAAUACUAAAUCAGCAAACUCUUACAACGAAGAAAAUCCGAGCUUAAAAGAUUCAGAUCGAAUAGUUGAAAAAGAUGGACCUAAUCAAACUAAUAAAAGUGAUACAAAGAGCAAAGGAGAUCAAGAGAUAAACCAGCAUAACGAACAUAGAACAAGUGAGGAUGAAGAUGUUGAUGUAGCUAGACCAUUUGGAGAUUCCGAUGGAGCUAACUUUUUUUCAACUUUAAUGAAUAGUUCAUCAAUAUGUUCAGGAUUUGGAACUAUGGGAAACAUCAAAAAUUUUAAUUUUGAAGAUCUAUUAAAGAGUAAAAAAUUCAAAGAUGAGCCAGAAGAGUCACCAAAACAUAAUCAUGGCCAUCAUCAUUUACCACGUCCACAUUUACAUACACAUAAAGAUAAAGAUAAUGAAGGAAAUUCACCGAAUGUACCAAGACCAGAGAGUCCUAAUUCAAUUAAUUUACCUUCUCCAAGAACUGGUCAUCAUAGAAAUAUAAGUCAAAGUUUGAAUUCAGUUGGAUCUAGUGAAGAUGAAGAUGAUGAUGAUAUUACUGAAAAAGAAAGCAGUGAUGAAGAAGAAGAAUAUGAUGCAAAUCGACUAUCUACAACUACCACCAGCGAAUCACAAGCAGCGACAUCUUCUACGACCACGAAACCCACCACUGUUCCCACUAAAACAUCGACAAACACCUCGAUGUUAGCUACACUGUCAGUAUCAUCAUAUUCAACAAUUGAUGCAAAUGAAGAAGAAUCAUUCGUUAAUAGUGAGAAAAACGGACCUCCUUUAUCAAUAGAAAAAAGUACUAUUGAAAUUGAAAACUCAGAACCACCUGAGGAAUAUAAAGAAAAACUUAAACACUUAACACCACUUCAAAAAUCAGUGAUAGAUAAUUUAGAUCCUCAGCAUAUAAAAGAGGGAGUUUUGAUUAAAAUAAAAGACAAAAAUCAAGAUUCAAACGAUGGCAAACUAACUCUUUCCAAAAAGAUAUUAAGAUACAAAAUUGCUGAAAAAUUGAAAAACGUAUUCGAUUUAGAUAAUGAUGAUAUAUUUUAUGGAAAUUAUAGUUCUUGGUUGGUUAAAGAUGUUUUAUUACAAGGUCAUAUGUAUGUUACUAAAAAGGCAUUACUAUAUUUUGCGUUCUUACCUAAAAGAUUUUCGGUGAAUGAAUCACUUGAAAAUCAAAAUAUUGAUGAUUCAGCAAAUAUAGUACAUAAAGGAACAUUGGGAAUGAAAACUGCAAAAUUUGGAGAUUCUACAUUUACAACAAUGUUAACUCAUAGAUAUUGGGCUAUUUUAAGACCAGAAACAUUAUCAAUAUACGGAUCUUCAACAGAUUUAUAUUUCCCACUUACUGUAAUAGAUAUAAGGACAUGUCAAUAUGCUGAAAUUAUGGACGAAGACAAAUUAAAAGAAGCAUCAUUUUCACCUACAAACAGAACCCAACCACCUUCAAGAUCAGGAUAUGCAUCAGGUGUAACUACUCCGCCUGCUGUUAUUGAUACGGCAUAUGAACUUAAUAAAAUGUUGCAAGAUGAGAACAUUGGCGCAACUGAAGAUACAAUAGAGGCUAAAAGUAAUUCUGUUUGGUUUAAGUUGGUAACUCGUAAAAAAACUUAUAAAUUUCAAUGUGAUAAUUUAUAUUCAGCUAGACAAUGGUGUAAUAAUUUAACAAAAUUAAUUUUUCAAUUAAAUAAUGCUAAUCAAGGAAAUGAAGUAUUAGUGAAAAUUCCGAUAGCUAACAUUAUUGAUUUUAAAAAAAGAACAUUGUUCAGUGAAGAAGAUGAUGAUGAUAUAGAUCAAUCUGAAAAUGAUAUACCUUUAAGUUUGAGCAUCAAAUAUUAUACAACACAACAUGUUGAAAAGAGGAAAAGAGAAAAAUUUAAAGAUAAAUUUAAAGCUGAAAAUUAUGAUAAAGGUGAAAUAUUUUUCUUGUUUCCUAAAAAUGGUUUGGAUUUUUUUAAAUCAUUUGAAGAUAUUGUUAAUAAUAGGUCCAAAAAUCCGUCUAAGAGUAAAUUAUCACUUUCUAGAGAUCCUCCAUUAGAACAAACUUUUUCAACAUUAACUUUAUCAACAAAUAAAUUAGUCAAAGAUGUUCUUGCAAGUAAUUUAAUUGAUCAAAAAGCUCCACCAGAUUCAUCAACUUUGAAAAAAUUAGGUAAAUCAUUUACAAACCCCAGAAAUUUUCUUAAAAGUUCAAACAAUAAUGAAGAUGAACCUAAUGAUACAACUUCUAUGAGUGAUGAAAUAAACAGUACUCAUAUUUCAUUACCAAAAGCUUUAUCAGAAAAAACAUUAAGAUCUUUAGAAAUUUCAUUUGAAACAACAUUUAAAAAUUUAAAAGAUGCAUCAAUAAGAUAUGAAGAAGAAGGUAAUAAUAAAAUGCUUGCAGCAAUUAAUGAGCUACCUUUACCAUCAAAUCUUUCAGAUAAAGGUGUUGUUCAAAAUAAGAGUCGUAUUGGUAAAAGUAUAAAAGCUUUAACAAAUAUGGGUCAAAGAUUAGCAGCUACUCCAAAUCAUUAUACAAUAAAAGAUGAAUAUUAUGUUGAAAGUGAAGAAGAACGAGAUACAGCAUUAAGACAUUUUAAAGGUCAUUUUUCAUUAUAUAAUUCUAAGUUAAUAGCUUCAUAUUUUUGUCAUUUAGUUAGAUCAUUACCAGUUUAUGGGAAAUUAUACGUAUCUGAACAUGAAGUAUGUUUUAGAAGUAUGUUACCUGGUGUAUCAACGAAAAUGAUAGUACCUAUGGCAGACAUUAAAACAGUUGAAGAAGCUACAAAUGGUUCAAAAUUAUCAUAUGUUGGAGCUAAAAUUAUUUUAAAUGGAGCUGAAGAAAUGUCAAUUGAAUUUGCAUCAACUAAAUCAAGAGAUGAUUUUGUUCAAAUUUCAUUAGAUAUAUUAGAUAAAUUACAUGUUAAUGAAAGUUUUAGACCUCAACCUCAUGAAUGGGGAUCCAAUUAUGAUAUUGAAUUAAGUAAAACUAGAAUGGAAUAUACUGAUUCAGAAAGGAAAAGAAUUCAACUGGAAGAUAAAUCUGAAGAAAGUAAAGAAGUUGCUAUAGAAAAAGUAGAAUUAGCAAGAAUAAAAAUGUUUGAAGAUAGACUUACAUUAGCUUCAGGAUUAGAUAUACCAAUAAUUUUAGAAGAUUCACCUUUUUUCAAAACAGAAAUGAAACCUUCAACAUCUUAUAGAAUUACUUUACUUACAAUUGGUUCUAGAGGUGAUGUUCAACCAUAUAUUGCAUUAGGAUUAGGACUUCAAAAAGAAGGACAUAAAGUUACAAUAGCAACUCAUAGUGAAUUUAAAGAUUGGAUUGAAAAAUAUCAUUUUACAUUUAAAGAAAUCGCAGGAGAUCCAAGUGAAUUAAUGUCUUUCAUGGUUGGAAACAAUUCAAUGUCUGUAUCAUUUUUGAAAAAUGCUCAAGCUAAAUUUAAAGAUUGGAUUGGAAAAUUAUUAACUACAAGUUGGCAAGCUUGUCAAGGUAGUGAUAUAAUAAUAGAAAGUCCAUCAGCAAUGGCUGGAAUUCAUAUAGCAGAAGCAUUAGUUAUACCUUAUUAUAGAGCUUUUACUAUGCCAUGGACAAGAACAAGAGCUUAUCCUCAUGCAUUUUUUGUACCAGAUGCAAAAAAGGGAGGAUCAUAUAAUUAUUUAACUCAUGUAUUAUUUGAAAAUAUAUUUUGGAAAGGUAUUCAAUCACAAGUGAAUAAAUGGAGAGUUAAUGAAUUAGAUUUACCAAAAACAAAUUUAUCAAGAAUGCAACAAACAAAAGUUCCAUUUCUAUAUAAUGUUUCUCCAUGUAUAAUGCCACCUGCAAAUGAUUUUCCUGAUUGGGUUAAAGUUACUGGUUAUUGGUUUUUAGAUGAAGGUGGUGACGAAUAUAAACCACCAAAAGAAUUAGUUGAAUUUAUGAACUCAGCUGCAAGAGAUAAUAAAAAAUUAGUUUAUAUUGGAUUUGGAUCAAUUGUUGUAAAUGAUGCAACCUCAUUAACUAAAGCAAUAGUUGAAGCGGUUUUAGAAGCAGAUGUUAGAUGUAUAUUAAAUAAAGGUUGGUCAGAUAGAGGUAAAAGUAAAGAUAAAAAUGAAAUUGAAGUUGAAUUACCAGAUGAAAUUUAUAAAAGUGGUGCAGUACCUCAUGAUUGGUUAUUUCCAAGAGUUGAUGCAGCUGUUCAUCAUGGUGGUUCAGGUACAACUGGUGCUACAUUAAAAGCAGGAACUCCAAGUAUAAUAAAACCAUUUUUUGGUGAUCAAUUUUUUUAUGCAACAAGAGUUGAAGAAUUAGGUGUUGGAUUAGCAUUAAAAAAAUUAACAAAAAAAUCAUUAUCUGAAGCUCUUAUAACUGUUACUGAAGAUUUAAAAAUAGUUGAAAAAGCUAAACAAGUAAGUGAACAAAUAAGUCAUGAACAUGGUGUAUUAAGUGCAAUUGAAGCAAUUUAUUCAGAUUUAGAAUAUGCAAGAAGUUUAAUAAUGACAAAAGAAUUACAUAAUAUUAAUUAUAAACGUCAUCAUCCAGAUUUUAGAAAUCAUUCAGAAGCAACAACUGCUAAUGUAUCUGAAGAUGAAUCAGAAGAUUUUACUGAUGAUGAUGAUGAUGAUGAUAGUGAUGAAUAUGAUGAUAGUGAAACUGAAGAAGAAGGAGAAGAUGGUGAUUUUACAGAUGAAGAAGCUAAUGAUACAGUAGAACAAAAAAAAUAG